UAAUCGUAUUUAUUGAGCGCCCACUGUGUGCAGAGCACUGGACUAAGCGCUUGGGAAGUCGCCAUGGCCGGGAUACUGUUCGAAGACAUCUUCGACGUCAAGGACAUCGACCCUGAGGGCAAGAAGUUCGACCGGGUGUCUCGCCUGCACUGUGAGAGUGAGUCCUUCAAGAUGGACCUAAUCUUGGAUGUCAAUAUACAGAUCUACCCUGUGGAUCUUGGUGACAAGUUCCGAUUGGUCAUUGCCAGCACCUUGUAUGAAGACGGCACACUAGAUGAUGGCGAGUACAAUCCCACAGAUGACAGACCAUCCAGGGCUGACCAAUUUGAGUACGUAAUGUAUGGGAAAGUGUACAGGAUUGAGGGAGACGAAACUUCCACCGAAGCAGCAACACGCCUCUCCGCUUACGUGUCGUACGGGGGACUACUCAUGAGGCUCCAGGGCGAUGCCAACAAUCUGCACGGAUUUGAAGUGGACUCGAGGGUUUACCUGCUGAUGAAGAAGCUGGCUUUCUAAGGCCCAGGGAGAUGACCUGGCCAGACGGCGAGCCAGAACUUUGGCUAGCCACAUCUGGGAACGGACUUGCCUCUCGGGAACUCUCUUUUCUCCCAAACACCCGGUGGGCCGAUGCGUCGAGCCCACCCCAGCCAGUCCGGCCCGGAUUCAAGCCCGGAUUCAAGCCGGCUGCUGGUAAGGCGGGGUCGUCCGGACUCUGCGCCAGGCGGAAGUUUGGUAUCUGUCUUUGGAUUCACGGGGCCCGUGCCGACGGGGAGAUCAGCCCCGCUCCCGUGGACCUUGUUUGGGAUAAAACUGGAGUAGCUCAAAAUGAGCCGGAGGUUACGGUGUUUUGAUGACCCCGACAUUAAAUUUUACUUUUAUAGAUUGCUCUCCUCCGUGUUUUCUUCCACCAGCCCAGGAGGGUCUCUGUUUCACCUCUGUGCAUCCUGUUCUGUCCGAGCCCUGGGGCCAGCAUUCCCCGGAAACCAGCCUUCCUGGGUCGGGAUGGAGGGCUGAGCCCGCCUCUGCGUUAACCCUCGAUGCGGGGGACCUCACUCUGCCACACUCAGUGCGGGAGAAUCUGUUGUUUUCAGGGCCUCAAGCUGGGAACUACCGUCCCUUUGGCCCUGCAAAACUUGGCAGGCGAGCAGACUUCCCCACACCGUGCCAACGCGUCCUAAGAAGUCAGUUCACGUUGUUUCGGGCGAGAGUCACCGGCCCAGCCAGUUCGUUGUCCUGCGGACCCAGAGAUAAGACGGGAGAGUGGGCUUGGGCUGAGGAGGAGCUGGGACGCGGGGGCCUCUGGAGCCGGCCUCCGCUACGGCUAGCGACUCGGGAGGAGAGUGAUGGCAGUGGCGUUUGCCGAUGACUCCGAACUUGGAAACCCCCGCCCGCUGCACACAGCAGUGAGGACAGAGCCGCAAUACCAAUGAAGCAAGCGGUCCGCUCUUGCUGGCCUAGACAAUGUAGCCAGCUCAUCCAUCCGCAGCUCCGUUGGCUGGAGGGUGGGAGAGGGAGAAAGAGAGAAAUAAAGGAAGUGGCAGUGCUUACAGAGCUUUGAGCAAAUGAGCACAUCCAUUGUUGGGUGGCUGGAGAAUCUCAUACGGCUGAACACAGGCUCUGGAUGAGAUCGGAGAAACUUUUCCGGGAGCCCUCCAUUGCCCCCCAGGGAAAUUCCCAGCAGUGAUCCCGAAGGGCUCCAGCUAAGCCGGAAAAGUUAACAGUGCACCCCAAACAAAG